AUCGGUGAACGGACAGAAAGCAAGAUGGGCAGAAUCAUCUUCUACGAGGACAGGAACUUCCAGGGUCGCUCCUAUGAGACCAGCAGCGACUGCGCCGAGCUCACCUCCUACCUGAGCAGGUGUAACUCCUGCAGGGUGGAGAGCGGCUGCUUCAUGGUCUACGAGAGGCCCAACUUCAUGGGCCACCAGACGCUGGCCAGGAGGGGCGAGUACCCGGACAACCAGAGGCUGAUGGGCAUGACCAUGAGCGACUGCAUCCGCUCCUGCCGCAUGAUCCCCAUGCACAGAGGUCCCUUCAGGAUGAGGAUCUACGAGAGGGAGAACUUCGGAGGUCAGAGUCAUGAGCUGAUGGACGACUGCGACUCCAUCCAGGAGCGUUACCGUCUGUCCGACUGCCAGUCUGCCCAGGUCCUGGACGGCCACUGGCUGCUGUACGAGCAGCCCCACUACCGGGGCAGGAUGGUGUACCUGAGGCCCGGAGAGUACCGGAGCAUGAGGGACAUGGGCAUGGGUCCCAUGGACAUGAGGAUUGGAUCCAUUAGACGUAUCAUGGAGUCCUGUUAG